AUGGUUCCUGAAAAGUGCAGAUUUGAUGUUUUGUCUACCAAAGUUGACAUUCGCCUGGCCAAAGCUGAACCUAUACAUUCAAGAGAUGUCCAGUUCAGCAAGGAUAACCCUGUUCCACUAAAGGUUAAUGCCCCAGUUAUUGGCGUCCAAAGGCCAUCUUACCCAUCCUCCAAACCAAAAUGGGUAGAUUGGGACAAGCUUGAAGCCCAAGAAAAAGAUGAGAAGCUUGAUGGUGAUGCAGCUUUGAACAAAUUUUUCCAAGACACAUUCAAGGAUGCUGAUGAGGACACAAGAAGGGCCAUGAGAAAAUCUUUUGUGGAGUUGAACGGAACGGUGCUUUCGACAAUCUGGAAAAAAGUGGGCACCAAGAAGGUCGAGGAAAGUGCUCCUGAUGGUAUGGAGAUGAGGAAAUGGGAGUACCAAGAGCUCAAGUUGGACAGUGCUUGUAACCUAUUUGGAGUGCCUUUCAUUUUGGUGGACGCUGUUUAG